UUAGAAACUUAUUUGUUCCAUCAUCCCAUCCUUUCAUGCUCUGCCUCUUCCCCCACUCCCCACCAUCAUAUCUGCUCUCUCACUCACUCACUCACUCACUCAGCUUCUACGUUAUUAAAAAAGCCUUAAAGCUCCCACCUUUCUCCAUUUCCUUCUCCUUCAGACUCUCUCGUAUCCUCUCCGCUUAAUGCUCAGAUUGAUAUUUAAAUCGACUUUUGUCAUCGUUUAAACUUCGAUUUGUCAUUCGUUUUAGGGUUAACGAGUUCGUGUUCUUGAUUCGACCCAAUUGGAUGUUUGCGGUGACGACGCAAUGGUGUCAUCGAACGAUCCUAUCGAGACAAUAUUCAAUUCAAUCCAAGUAGUGAAAGAUGGCAUCGAGCUUGGCGUCAAGAAGGCUGCCAGAGACAUCGAGACUUGCUGGGUUAGCAAAGAGAAGGACUUUCGUUUGGCGCUGAGGUCUUCAGGACGAAACAGGAAGAAGCGGGUUUGUCCAGACUCGGAGGACGAUGUUCAGAAGAAAGGUUUGUCUGUGAAGUCACUCUUUGGCAUGUUUUCACCCAAUCUAGCGAACCAAAAGCUUACACGUGGAAAUGAGGUGGUGGUGAAGAAGAAGAAGAAAGUUAGGUUCUUGGAGAAAGAAGAAGAGGAUGGUUCUUGUACGAAUUGCUUUAAGUUCGCCAUGACUUGGUCUUUACUAGUCAGUGGGCUUGUCCAUGCCUUUCCCAUUCCCUUUAAGAAGAGGGUUCACAAAGAUGAGAACCGUCUCUUGCAUUCACGUAAACAGAACCUUAGAUCAAAGCCUAACUCUACAGAAAAAGAAGGGAACCCCUUUUCGAUUGAAUGCGCAGUGGGUUUCGUUAUCGAAAUGUUGGCUCAGAACCUCCAGAAGCUAGACCAGUUUGUUCUUCAGGACAGUUCAAAGAAUGAAUCUAAGGAAGCGACUCCACUUGUCUUUAACAUAUGGGACGAUGCUAGGAAGCUCGAUGUGAAUGGGUUUCUUGGGAACUUGAUGUUUGCUAGAGUUGGAGACGUGGCGUCGGGUAUAGUUGGCCUGACGUCGUCUCCAGUAAGCGAAGAUGGUGAUGAGAGUACUGCUGCUGGUAAGGAGGAAAGUGCGGUGGUUGAUUCUCCUCCACAGAGCCUGGCCAGUGGGCUGCUGAGUAUACCUUUGUCUAACGUAGAGCGCUUGAAAUCCACACUGUCCACGAUUUCGUUGACGGAACUUAUCGAGCUUUUGCCUCAGUUAGGACGACCUUCAGCAGACCAUCCGGACAAGAAGAAACUUAUCUCUGUUCAGGAUUUUUUCAGAUACACCGAGUCUGAAGGCAGGAGAUUCUUUGAAGAACUAGAUAGAGAUGGUGAUGGCAAAGUAACUUUGGAAGAUCUGGAGAUUGCAAUGAGGAGAAGAAAACUGCCUAGAAGAUACGCCAAGGAUUUUAUGAGACGAGCGAGGAGUCAUCUUUUCUCGAAAUCGUUUGGUUGGAAGCAGUUUUUGUCCUUGAUGGAACAGAAGGAGCCGACCAUCCUCCGUGCCUAUACAUCUCUCUGUUUGACCAAGUCUGGUACUCUUCAGAAGAGUGAGAUACUGGCAUCACUUAAUAACGCAGGGCUUCCUGCUAAUGAAGAGAAUGCUAUAGCCAUGAUGAGGUUCUUGAUGGCUGAUACUGAAGAGUCUAUCUCUUAUGGACAUUUCCGUAAUUUCAUGGUUUUGCUGCCGUAUGAGCGGUUACAGGAUGAUCCUCGUAACAUCUGGUUCGAAGCUGCGACUGUUGUUGCUGUUGCACCCCCUGUGGCCUUACCUGCUGGGGAUGUUCUAAAAUCUGCAUUAGCUGGAGGACUUGCCUCUGCUCUCUCCACUUCCCUAAUGCAUCCUAUUGACACAAUCAAGACACGUGUGCAAGCAUCAACCUUGUCCUUUCCUGAGGUAAUAGCAAAGCUUCCAGAGAUUGGUGUCCGGGGAGUAUAUAAGGGUUCUAUUCCAGCAAUUCUUGGACAGUUUUCAAGCCAUGGCCUGCGGACAGGAAUAUUCGAAGCAAGUAAACUUGUGUUGAUAAAUUUUGCUCCCAAUCUCCCAGAAAUUCAGGUUCAAUCGAUUGCAUCAUUCUGCAGCACGUUAUUAGGCACAGCUGUGCGGAUUCCAUGUGAGGUUCUGAAGCAAAGGUUGCAGGCUGGCAUGUUUAACAAUGUAGGGGAAGCCAUUGUAGGGACGUGGAAGCAAGACGGUCCAGGAGGUUUCUUCCGUGGGACAGGCGCAACUCUUUGCCGCGAAGUUCCACUUUACGUUGUUGGCAUGGGACUGUAUGCAGAGUCCAAAAAGAUGGUGGCGCAAGCACUGGGAAGAGAACUGGAGGCAUGGGAGACAAUAGCGGUCGGUGCGGUGUCAGGAGGCAUAGCAGCGGUUGUAACAACGCCAUUUGAUGUGAUGAAGACGAGAAUGAUGACUGCAACACCAGGGAGACCCAUCUCAAUGUCAAUGGUUGCUUUCUCGAUCUUACGCCACGAGGGACCGCUUGGUUUGUUCAAAGGAGCAGUCCCGAGGUUCUUCUGGGUGGCUCCUCUUGGUGCCAUGAACUUUGCUGGCUAUGAGUUAGCCAAGAAAGCUAUGCAGAAGAACGAGGAAGUUGUAGUGGCUGAUCAGCUUGGUCAGAAGAAGCUUUGCUAGUGGGCUUUUACUUCGCCUAAGCCAGAGAUUCUCCUCUUUUGUUAAAUGCUACUCUGCAAAUUUUGACAAAAACAAAGAAAGGUUAAUUGUUUUGUUGUGUAUCAUGGACAGUUUCAUCCACUCAUUAUAAAAACUCUGGUUCCAGAAAUGGUUGAAUAUUUUGACUGUUGCGACGA